UGAAAAGAGGCAGUGAAGUGACCUGUCAUCCCUGACUGAUGGGAGCGGGCGCUGGGAGCGACCCCGUGUGUGGGAAAAUACCUCGGCCAAAGAGCUCGGGCAUUCAAAUGCUAAUUCUGCCCUAUAAAUAAGAGCGGUGCGUGGUGCGGAGGGCCUUACAGACCCUAGACUCAGCCGGAGAGGAGAGCUAUUCUCUAACCACAACUAUACGGAGCGUAAAGGAUAGAUGACAGCUAGCACCAUGGCUCACAACGUGGGGAAACAAUCGAGUGCCAAGGAGGAGAGAAAGCUGCGGAAGCCGAUAAUUGAGAGGAAAAGACGGGAGAGGAUUAAUAACUGCUUGGAUCAACUGAAAGAAACCGUGGUCGGGGCGUUCAGUCUUGGUCAAUCGAAACUUGAAAAGGCGGACAUUCUAGAGAUGACAGUGAAACACCUGCAGAAUGUUCAGACUCAUAGAGUCAGUGACCCCAACUUAGACCUAGAUGCACAGCAGAAGUACAACACAGGCUACAUCCAGUGCAUGCACGAGGUCCACAACAUGCUGCUCAGCUGCGAGUGGAUGGAUAAAACUCUUGGCUCCCGCCUGCUCAACCACCUGCUCAAAUCCCUGCCCCGCUCCAGUGAAGAGCGCCUCUCUCAGGCCAACCCCAACCUCAGGCCUGACACCCAACCACCCAGCCAGGGGCCUGGAGCCCCCACUACACCCCUCAGAGGGGACCCCAGGUCUGGUAGGCAGGGAAAGAGGGAGGGGCCCCUGUCCCACAUGGUGGGGCCCCAGGACAGCCCCCUGCUCCUGCUCGGGAGCCCCCAGCUCCUCAGCCCCCACCUGGGCAUGCUGGAGAUGUGGAGGCCCUGGUAAACUGUACUGGCGUGCUGGAUCUUUACGUUAGACCCUCCUCUGUUAUGUAUCUUAUAGAUAUGCUACUCAGAAGACAUUGUGUUCGAUUGUGGGGCGGUUGUGUUCCUGAUCUAGGUGUGCUAUAUAUAUAUAUGCAGACCGUAGCCUGCAUUGUAGAAGGCGCUUAUUCAUAUUUUUCUUAUAUUUAUUGUAUUAACGUCUUUAUUUAUUAAAUAAGAAAAACAUUUAGCUUCUUAGCUCUAGUCGCAUAUAGCUUUUGUUCUGCUCCCUUUGUUUAUAUUAUUAACCAAUAUUAAUACAAAUGUGUAUGCAA